AUGAAACGAUUGCAGCUGAAUGUAUUAGGUCUGUCCGAAGUUAGAUGGACAGGAGCUGCAUCCUUCGCAACAGGUGACUAUACCUUAGUCUACUCUGGAGGAGAUCAACAUGAGAGAGGAGUAGGCAUGCUUUUAGACGAACAAACAUCUAAAAGCAUAAAAGGCUACUGGGCGGUUUCGGACAGGGUACUUCUUAUGAAGCUCUACGGUAAACCUUUCAAUAUUUCCAUCAUCCAAGCAUAUGCACCAACAGCUAACUAUGAUGACGAUUCAAUCACGGAUUUCUAUGAAGAUCUAGACAAAGCAUACAAACAAUGCAACUCUAAUGACAUCGUCUACGUGAUGGGUGAUUUCAAUGCGAAAGUGGGAAACGAAAGAGUUGGCAACACAGUAGGACCUUUUGGUCUAGGAGCCAAAAACGAGAGAGGUGAUAAUCUUAUAGCCUGGUGUCAAUCACAUAAUCUCGUCAUCACUAAUACAUGGUUCAAGAACCACCCACGUAGACUAUGGACAUGGAAAAGCCCUGGAGACCCAAUGAUUGAACUACAUGAUUUAUCAUCUGAUGAAUCGUUUGAUGAUAUGAAAUCAUCAGAUACAUCUUAUUCAUCUCCAAAGACUGGUGCUGCAUCUAAUAAAAGUUCAUCGAAUAGUACUAUGUACGAUUCACCCAGAGUGAGUGAUAUUAUACUCGUUCGAGCAGCUGCUUAUCAUGGAAUCAAUCAAUUACAAACUUUCUCCAAUAUUUUUUUAAUAAACUGA